UAGAUGGUGCAAAAGACGGUACUAAAAGUGAAAUUGUCAUGCCAGAAAUGCAAGAAGAGGAUUCUUACAUCCAUUACUGGUCUUCAAGGCAUAGAUAAGAUUGAAAUUGAUCCAGCGAAAGAAACAUUAACAGUAACAGGAGAUGCAGAUCCUUACUGUGUUAUUAUACAAGCAAGAAAAAUCAUAAAAUGCAUCGAAGUCGUGACAAUUGGUCCUCCUCCGUCCGUAAAGAAUCCGGAAGAAAAGAAACCUGAUACCAAGAAACCAUCAGAAGAUAAGAAACCCGACAUAGUUUUUGUUCCGUCCUGUAUCCCCAUGCCAAAGACUUGUGUUGCUUGUCCACAAGUGGCUGUGGUUCAUAUGAAGGAGGACCCGUGUUAUACUGCUUGUUCUAUUAUGUGA